AUUAUUUUUCAUUUAUAAACGAACAAAAACGAAAUGCAUUACUUUUUCCUAUAAUUACAAGAACAAAACGCAAACAGUUUUGCCAACCUCAUUCUAGAAUGACAUUGAACUGUUGAAAAAAUUCUACAUUAUCUGUGCUGACGCCAUGCAGAUGAGCCGCAUGGGGUCUCCGUCGGUCGGUAUGGACGACGACACGGGCGCUGGCCACGCUCUGAGCGACUUUCUCCUCCAACUUGAGAACUACAAUCCUUCAAUUCCCGAUUCCGUUGUUGCUCAUUACUUGAACAUGUCUGGCUUCGAGUCACAGGAUCCUAGGUUGAUCCGUCUCAUCGCAUUAGCAUCCCAGAAAUUCCUCUCGGACAUCGCCAAUGAUGCUCUCCAACACUGCAAAAUGCGGACUUCGAGCCAGAUUACCCAGAGCUCCAAGAACCAGAAGGGUCCUAAGGAAAAGAAGUAUGUAAUGACCAUGGAAGACUUGGCUCCGGCAUUACAGGAGUAUGGUAUCGUUGCUCGGAAACCACAUUAUUUCGUUUGAUAAUGUCAACCCGUUGCUGAACGUUGGGUUCUCUUGCUUCAAAGAUAUCUCAAAAGUUUACUAUUGCUAUGAUUGCAAAAAUAGUCCUGUCUAUAGUUUGAUUAAACUAUGAAUAUUCAAUAAAAUAAAACAUAUUCUAAAUUACAGUCAAUAACAUUGUUUAAUCAAACAUUUUGUUCUGAUUUUAGUGUUGCUAGUUUUCUACUGUAUUAAAAAAAAUUAACUCUGGCAAAACAUUUAUACAAUAUCUUAAUGGCAAUCAUAUAAAACAUACUUGUUACUAAAAUACACUUAAAAUUACCAAAUGAAUAGUUAAAGUGACAAAAUUAUUCAUUUGAUUUAAUAAAUAUAGCCUUAUGAUCCAAUAUUAGGCCGGCCUUAUACUUGUCAGUUCUCACGUAAGUACCUUUCGAUAAGGGUGAACAAAAUGACUAUCGGAGGUGCCAUAACGGAAAAUCUCUUAAGAACGUAGCGCGCCAAAAUGCGGGCGUUCGGGGGACGAGGUACGUUACUGUUUCCGCCCUUAUACGCAUUCUUUCCACCCAACCAUUUAUUGUUAUACCAAAACUCACUGACAGAUGUUGCAAAGAACCCGAACACCUCGUUAUUUCACCCUUAACUGAUCGUUUUGGUGAUACCUACCGUAUUUGGGCUAGCACGUAAAUGUCAGUCCUGCGCCAGACCUCUCUCCAGUCGUGUCGGAUUGCCGUCCCAUCGCGCUAUGAGAGUGAAGGAAUAGUGAGUGCACCUGUGUCUGCGCUAAUGCUCGUGCACUAUAAUAUGUCCUGCGCAGUAGGCUGAUCUCCUUACAUGAGAACAGCCGACGUACCCGAUAAUCUGCUAGUAGGACAUCGUUUGGGCUAGAAGAAGGGGCCUGACCUACCUGCAUUAUGGCAUCUCCGCUCAUCUAUCCUUACUCCUUUGUAAGUCGCUUAAAGUCAUUUCUUAGAACUUCUUACAAUUACGGAAGUUACUUGCGUUAUUUUUACGGAAGGAACUUACGUAUUUUACGGAAGGAACUUACAAGUAUAAGGUUGGGCUUAGAUUAGCUGAGUGAUAUGGUUAGAUCUAGAAUGUUCCAACUUCCAUUAUACACAGUUAACUUAGUAAAUAGCAUAAAAAUUGAAGUAUAUUGAUGUAAAAUUUGAAAAAAAUGUCUCUAGGGGAAAAAAUAUUUUUCCAAAGAAAUAAAACCGAUUUCUAUAAUAUACUUAAAUAAAAUCUCCUAAGUCUGACAAAAACUAUGCUGAAAACCGCAUAUUAAUUGGUCCAGCCAAACGUCAGAUAGGUAAGCACAAAAUACAUGCAUACAGGUCAAGCUGAGAACUUCUGUUUUUUAAAGUUGGUUAAAAAAAGUUUUAUACAAUAUACUUCAAUUUAUAAUCCAUAAAAAAUAAAUAAAUAGUAAUGAAUAAUCCUAUUUUCAUGUAGCCAACCAUUUUGAUAUUAAUAUACUCAUAUUACACAUGUUAGUAAGAAAAAAAACACCAAUUUUAGAUAUUUGCCUGUAUUAUUAAAAUGAAGGUAAAAAAUUACCAUGGAAAAUUGCUAAACAGAUUUUGGUGAAACUUACACAAAGAUACUGUUGCUGUUAUUUUAAUGAAACAUGCAAAUUAAUGUAAUAUUGCCUUUCAUAGUUAAAUAAGCAGUAACCGAAUAACAUAAUUAACAUUAUAAGCACUUUUUAAAAUAUCUAUUCCAUACAGUCUAGCUUAGCUCUAUGGUCGAAAGAAUAUUAACCUUUUUUAUAGAUAAUAUAGAUUAAAUUACCAUAAUAACCGUGAUUCGACGAUGUACGUCAUAAGCCAGUAAGUCUGACACCAGUCUUACCAAGGGGUAUUGGGUUGCCCGGGUAACUGGGUUGAGGAGGUCAGAUAGGCAGUCGCUCCUUGUAAAACACUGGUACUCAGCUGCAUCCGGUUAGACUGGAAGCCGACCCCAACAUAGCUGGGAAAAGGCUCGGGAGAUGAAUAAUCGUGGGGCGACCUUUUAUGAGCUCAUUUUAAUAGUAAAAUUAUCUCUCGCACACCCAUCCAUAGUGUUGCAAAAAAACCGUUUUUUUUCUAGUGUGAAAAAAAACCUUGAAAAAAAACCAGAUAAAAAACAGUUUUUUUUCUGGGCCUUGUUUUUUUCAAGAGUAUAAUAACUCUUAAAUUGUUAGGGCAUUUACCGUUAAAGAUUAAUACUUAAGGUUACAUAAUAGAGUCUUAGGUUUAUUCUUGAAUCUACGGUACUUUUCUGAUAAAACAGAACCAAAUUUCAUAAAAAUAUUGGCAACAUUCAUUUAUAUUAACUCAACGAAAGGGAAAUUUUGAAAAUUGAACUAAAAAGUAGGCUAGAAAAAAAACCAAAUUUAGAAAAAAAACAACGAUGCAAAGUUUUUUUUCAUGUUUUUUUUCAAUAAAGUGAAAAAAAACAAAUCGUUUUUUUUCAUUUUACAUCACUACCCAUCCACGCAAUGAUCGCGGCAAGCAACACUGUAUGGGCUAGGUAUCUGAUAUAAUCUAGUAUAUUAUAGUAUGUAUGAAUUUUAUAAUCAACUGGUGUUAUGUAUUUUUUAUAUCUAUUGUAUAUUAUAUGUGUGUUGUAUGUAUAUUUAAACAUUUGAUAGGUUAAAUGGCACCCGCCAAUAGAAAGCGAACUAUUUAAAUAUAGUUUCCAGCUUAAAUAGUAAUUUAAUCAAUGUAGCAAUUUGUAAUAGAAAGAAAUAAUUGAAAUAGCAAACUUAAAUAAGUUUAAAAUGUUGAAAAUAAAUUGUUAUGGUUGGAUUUUUAAGUUUUGUCUCGAAUUUUGAGAAAUAGUGUUCAUUCAACCAGUUCAGUCUAACCAAGGGGUAUUGGGUUGCCUGGGUAACUGGGUUGAGGAGGUCAGAUAGGCAGUGCUUCUUGUAAAGCGCUGGUACUCAGCUGAAUCCGGUUAGACUGGAAGCCGACCCCAACAUAGUUGGGAAAAAGGCUUGGAGGAUGAGGAUGAUGUUACCGGAUAUCUGAAAAAGUUUGGGAAUAGUGUAGCUUCCUAACAGUGCGGCUUUCACCAGUUUCUAGAAUACAAACAAUUUCAGUAGAGUUUCUAGGGCACAAAAAACAACAACUUUACUAUAUUAGUAUAGAUUUAAAUAUCAUUUCAACAUUGGUCGAGCUUUCAACAUAAGAAUCCAACUAUAAUAAUCAGAAUUGCCUUGCAUUAUCAUCUCACGUCUUCCAAAUGCUGCAACUGAAAGCAAUUUGACAUUUUCAAAAUAAUACACAUGUUUUAUCUCACGAAAGCGGGUGACCCAUACUUGUAUGUGUAAAUAUAACACGCAAAUGUCGGUCCUGCUUGUGAUCUCUCUCCGGUGGUGUCGGAUUGCCGUCCCAUCGCGCUAUGAGUGAAGGAAUAGUGAGUGCACCUGUGUCCAAGCAAAUGCUCGUGCACUAUAAUAUGUCCUGCGCAGCUGGCUGGCUGAUCUCCCCAUAUGAGAACAGCCGAAAAAAUCGCAAAUCGAAAAAAGCUUUGGACACCAUUAUUAAUUUUAUAUUAUUUUGUAUGCGUAAGAUUAGGAGCGCUCACUAUGGUUCACCCGCUUUCUUGAAAUAAAACAUUAUAAUGUUUUUUUAAGUAUGUACUUAGAAUAACACAAAUGAUAUAGUCAUGUAACCUUUUUACAUUUGCAAAAUAAGCACUAGCACACAUAGAAAUAUAAUAGUGUAUGUAUACGCCGCACACACGCAUAGAUUUAGGGUCCUACCAUUCGAUAGAUUGGCAAUGCGUGAUAGAUAACUAUAUAUAUGGUAUGUCUUACAAACGCAAAAACGAGAAAACACCACAUAUGUAUACAGAUUUUUUAAGGUGAAGAAAUCACACAUGAAAAAGUCAGUCAACUAAUGUAUUUAAUUUUUGGCUUCACUUAAAUGAAAAAUCACUCGUUUGCCUUUUGCCGAUCUAUCUAUCUCGAUUGUUCCCAAUAUAUUAUCCGUGGCUUUGCCUACCAGAGGUAAGAAUUCGAUGUAACUUGUAUGGAGUUAAUGUUAAAAUUCUAUCUCUAGGAAGCAAAUCAUAUAUCUAUGGAUUUACAUACAUACAAUAAUUCAAUAGGAACUUUUUUAUAUCUUUAUAAAGGUGCUUACUGACAGGAUGGCAAAGAAUUUUAUUAAUUAUUCUUAUAUUCUGACCACCAGUCUAACCAAGGAGUAUAUGGGUUGAGGAGGUCAGAUAGGCAGUCGCUCCUUGUAAAACACUGGAACCCAGCAGUUAUAAGUCGACCCAAAAUUAGGGAAAAGGCUUACUUCGGCAAAAAUAAUUGAAAUUCUUUUGCCGUCCUAAAGUAUUUAGUAAAAGUAUUGCAAUAGGCUCAUUUUUAAGCUAAGCUUGCCGCGGUCAAUCUUUAGAUGGGUGACCGUUUAAAAAGCUUGAAAAACAUUUUGUACUACCAGAAAAAGAAAAGUGAUUUUAACACGUUUUUUCAUCUAGAAUAUAAUAAGGCAAUUCUAGGUGUAGUAAAAUUCAAAAAUUUUAUUGUUUUAUGAAAUUAAAAUCUCUACAUAGCAAUUGCAGGUCUAUAAAAGUUUUGGUCACGAAUUACACCCAAACAACUUACAAUGAAUAUGAAUUGAUACAAAAUUCAACAAUUAUUGAAAUGUUUAACUUUUUUCUCAAUAAACUUAGUUUUAGUUUAAUAUUUAGUAAAAUUAUGAAAUCCUAACAACGUGGUGCCUGAAAUUAAUAAACUAUGAGUUUUGGUCGAAAACAUUUUUCAAAUGUCCGAAUUUAAAACCUCUUUUGCAAGUAAAAUAUCUGAAUUGAAAACCUUUCGUUUUGGUAAGUUGAUUAUAAUGAAUAGUUUAUUAAUUCUGGGUUGACAUGACUGUUCAAGUCAUAAACUAUAUUGAAAAUAUUUUCUAUUAUUAUAUUUAAGUUUAAUUUUGUUGUUUCGUAAUAAUUGUGGCACGUCGUGUCGGGAGUCUGUUAUCAAGGUUUAGAUAAAUCAUUAGUGCUAAGGGUAUUUGAAUUAAAUAUUCAUUAAACACAA